GACGUAUGUGACGUGUGUCUUGUGUUUUCUUCUGCGUGAAUCGGUUGUAAACAUCUGUUAAGACAGCAAGUUUUGGGAACCGACUAGUUGUUUCCAAAAUGUUGGACCUUUUUACUAUUUUUAGCAAAGGUGGCAUUGUUUUAUGGUGCUUCCAAAGCACCAAACAAAUUUUUACGCCAUCCGUUAAUGCUUUGAUUCGUACUGUUAUACUGCAGGAGCGCACAGGUAAUCAAAGUUUUGAUCAUGACUCGCUCACAUUGAAGUACAAGCUCGAUAAUGAGUUUGAACUAGUUUUCGUGGUUGCAUUUCAAAAAAUAUUGCAACUAUCAUAUGUUGAUAAAUUUUUGAGUGACAUUCAUCUUGAGUUCCGUGACAAAUACAAGGAGGAUUUGCGACAUGGAAGAUACUUUCAGGAUUUUGAAUUUACUAAAUCAUUCCAAAAAGUGUUGCAAAUGGCCGAAGACUGGGGAAGAUCUCAGGCUAAAAUGCCUAAGCAAAUGCGUACCUUUGAAGAAUCUAUUAAAUCCAAAAAAACUGUAUCAUCUAUGAUUGAGAGGAAAGGAGACGAGAAGGAAAACAAGCAAAAGAAAGUGAAAAUAACUGAACCGACAAAGGAUGAUACUAAAUUGAUAACACCUCCAUCUCCCAUUGCCAAUGGCAAUGACAUGUCUGAUGAUAUCCUCAUUCAAAACCGUCUUCGUCUUGCUCAAAAAAUGAGUACCGGCCCUAAGAAGAAAGACAAAAAAAGCCCAAAGCCAAGCAAGGAGGGUAAGAAGCCACGCGUUUGGGAGUUGAGUGGAAGUCCCAAGGAUGCAACCAACCUCGAUCGCUCCAAAGAUAAACCUGAGGAUGCAACAUCUGAUUUCACUCCAGAAUCAAAUUUGGUUGGUCGAAUGGUUGGUGGAAUAAGGGACCUUGAAGUGGAGAGUGACUCUGAUGACUAUGAUGAUGAUGAUGAAGAAGAAGAAGAAGUUCAAUCUACUCAAAACAACAAACCUGCUGCAAAAAGUAAUAGUGUUUUCUCUAUGUUCAGGGGACUUGUUGGCAGCAAAAACCUUAGCAGGGAUGCAAUGCAACCUUGCCUUGAAAAACUGCGCGAUCAUCUUAUUUCCAAAAAUGUUGCAGCAGACAUUGCAAUUAAAUUGUGUGACUCGGUUGCUGCCAAACUUGAGGGAAAGGUUAUUGGUACUUUUGAAACUGUUGCAUCCACUGUGAAAAACACUUUGACUGAGUCUCUGGUCCAAAUUCUAUCUCCUCGACGUCGCAUUGACAUUUUAAGAGAUGCAGUGGAAGCCCGUAAACAAGGCCGACCGUAUGUUAUGGCUUUUUGUGGUGUGAAUGGUGUGGGAAAAUCCACAAAUCUAGCAAAGAUUUGUUUCUGGCUGAUUGAAAACAAUCUACAAGUUUUGAUAGCUGCAUGUGAUACCUUCCGAGCUGGUGCUGUAGAACAGUUGCGAACCCACACUCGUCACUUGAAUGCUCUUCAUCCCCCAGAUCAACAUGGCGGACGACAGAUGGUUAAUCUGUAUGAAAAGGGCUAUGGCAAGGAUGCUGCUGGUAUUGCACUUGAAGCUAUCAACCAUGCUCGAGACACCAAAAUUGAUGUUGUGUUAAUAGAUACUGCAGGGCGAAUGCAGGAUAAUGGUCCUUUGAUGAUUGCUCUUGCUAAGCUUGUAAAAGUGAAUGAACCUGAUCUAGUUCUAUUUGUUGGUGAGGCCCUGGUUGGCAAUGAAGCUGUUGAUCAGCUUGUGAAAUUCAACCAGGCUAUGGCGGAUAAUUCAUCCUCUGUCAAUCCUCAUCUCAUUGAUGGCAUUGUACUUACUAAGUUUGAUACCAUUGAUGAUAAGGUGGGUGCUGCGAUAUCUAUGACUUACAUAACUGGUCAGCCUAUUGUAUUUGUUGGUACUGGUCAAACAUAUACUGACCUCAAGUCUCUCAAUGCCAAGGCUGUGGUACAUGCUCUCAUGAAAUGAUUUCUCCCUCAAUCUCAUUUCCUGUAUUAUUGGUUUCUUAACACGUUGAGUCCCACAUGACCACACACCACACGUAUGGCCACAAUAGCAUGUAAAAGGGGACCCCCCUGGGACUCAACGUGUUAAUGGAGUGCACACUUAAACAGUUCAUCUGUAAGAUUUAUAAGUAUUUCCCUCACAUCAUGUGUUAAGAAGCCUCAUUUGUGUGAUGAUUUUGUUGUGCAGCAUUACUUGCUUGAUUUGAAGUAGCAAACAAAAGAAAACGGAAUCAGUUUCAUUUUUGUAUGUUGAGCUUGGCUGGGAUGGUUUAAAUUUUGAUUACAAUCAAAAUUGUAAUUUUGUCAUUCCUGUUAUAAGACAGUGGGGUAAAAUUUUGUUCAAAAGUAAGAUGUUAAGAAGUAUGGGUAAGAAUUAUCAUGUGUCUGAUUUCCCCAAAAUCUAAUCUCUAAGACAUCUUUGCUGAAAUAUUUGUGAUUAACUGUACAAAGUCUUUUGUUUUUGAAGUUUAUGUUGUGUCAUGUCAUGUUCUUAUUUUUUCUAUUCUAUAAGGGUAGCAAGUAAGAACCAUUUGCCAUCCUCACUCUUCUCCAAUUUUUCUCAUUGGAUUAGAUUUUAAAUCUUAUCUAUCUGUUCAAUCGACUUUUUUGUUUCAUUUAAAAAUACUAUUUCUCUUGACAAGCUUUUUAUGACUAUCUUGUCCAGCGGCUCACUUUAUGUAUUGAGACUGUUAAAUAUUGGUGUUGAAAACAAUUUCUUGUUGAUAUUUUUAUAGCAUGUGUUGUAAGUUGUUACUUUUAAGAUCAGAAAUAAAUUUGAAAACAUAAAAAUUAAA